GUUUCCUUGUCUGUGACUAGAGACCAUCAAGGAAAGAGGCGGAUGAUAACAGCAUCUUUUGCUGUUACUCAGCCUUCACACAGCUCAAUGAACUGCUUGCAAAGAAUCCACUGAUCGUGCCUCUACUGCUUUUUGCAGGGCAGAGAUACUGAUCAGUGUCUAAAAACUGCAUUCUUUUUUUCUAUGAGAUUAUUUUUUCAUAGACUCCCUUUUUUUUAGUUUUCAAGGUCUCUGUAGCCUAUCUCCUUCCGCCAUGGUGCUAGGAAAGGUAAAGAGCUUCACGGUAAGCUAUGACUGUCUUAAUGACAGCAAUGUCCCCGUCUUCUCUAGCGGGGACUGCGUCUCAGGGAGGGUGAUCAUCGAAGUCACGGGAGAAAUCCGUGUGAAAUCUCUCAAAAUCCACGCAAAGGGAUUUGCAAAAGUUCGUUGGACUGAGUCAAGAAACGCUGGAUCCAACACUGCCUACACGCAAAACUACACAGAAGAAGUGGAAUACCUAAAUCACAAAGAUAUUCUUAUUGGACACGAGAGAGACGAUGACAACUCUGAGGAAGGACUCACCACUAUCCAUUCAGGAAGACAUGAGUACGCAUUCAGCCUUGAGCUUCCACAGACACCUCUUGCUACCUCUUUCGAAGGAAAGCAUGGCAGCGUGCGCUACUGGGUGAAGGCAGAACUCCACAGGCCAUGGCUCCUGCCCAUGAAGACCAAGAAGGAAUUUACAGUCUUUGAGCACAUUGACAUCAACACUCCAAUAUUGCUGUCACCACAGGCCGGCACUAAAGACAAGACACUUUGCUGUUGGUUCUGCACCUCAGGUCCUAUUUCCCUAAGUGCCAAAAUCGAAAGGAAGGGAUACACCCCAGGAGAGUCAAUCCAGAUCUUUGCAGAGAUCGAGAACUGCUCAUCCCGCAUGGUAGUGCCAAAAGCAGCCAUCUACCAGACUCAGACCUUCUAUGCCAAAGGGAAGAUGAAGGAGGUCAAACAGCUGGUGGCCAACCUGCGGGGAGAGUCUCUGUCCUCUGGCAAAACAGAAACCUGGAGCGGCAAAAUGUUGAAGAUCCCACCAGUCUCACCCUCCAUCCUGGACUGCAGCAUUAUCAGAGUGGAGUACUCUCUCAUGGUAUAUGUGGACAUACCUGGGGCAAUAAACCUGUCCCUGAACUUGCCCCUUGUCAUUGGAACCAUCCCUCUCCACCCAUUUGGAUCCCGUACCUCCAGCGUCAGCAGCCAAUGCAGCAUGAGCUGGUUGGGCAUAGGUCUGCCAGAGAGGCCUGAAGCUCCUCCAAGCUAUGCAGAAAUCGUGACAGAAGAGCAGAGGCAGAGCUGUGUGGAUGCUCCUGCAGUUCGAGAGGAGCUGGACGGACCUCUUUUUGCCUAUAUUCAUGAGUUCCGCUUCCAACCCCCUCCUCUGUACUCUGAGAUCGAUCCUAACCCAGAUCAUGCCAGACGUACAGAAGAGCGCAGGAUUGAUGCCUGUCCAUCGCGCUGAGCACACCCUUGAAAUUCCCCUGAUUGAUUUGGGGAGCCUAAGGAAACCUGCUUGCAAGACUCAGCUUCAAACUUUUUUUUUUCUUUCUCUCAGAAAUAGGUAUUCACACAAUGCUGUUGAUAUCGAGAGAAAAACAUCCAACCAGUCAACAUAAGACUUGCUCACAGUUGAGUUGGCUAGGACAAACAUGUUCUGCCUUCCUUCUGUGAGAGAAAUGGGAGUCUCUAGUUCGGGGUAUGACUUCCUUUCUGUGUCAGCGUGCUGAGGGUGGGAUGUGUGCAGAUGAACAGAUUCAGUCCAUAGGGAAAUCUCCCCCACUAGUAACAAGAGCCCCGGUGAUGGUCUUGACGAGGAAGAAUCAUCGAGGCUCGCCAAGCUCCUCUUCACCCUUGAUUCUUCUGUACUUGUGGCACAUAAGGACAUGGCUCCUGACAGAAAGGGUGGGACUAAACAUGUCCAGCUUUCAGCAGAAUAAUCUUAAAAAUGGGAUAAAGAGAUGGAGAGAAAAAAAGUAACAACCUUCUAACCACCACAGUCUGUCUGACUGCUUUUAGCAGCAGCAGUCAGCAGCGCAAAGACUAGGUCCUUCUGCCUCAUUUGGGAUUUUGUUUUGCACAUUUUAUUCUUUACUUGAGUUGUGUGCCUCUGUUUAAUGAGAAUUCUUUUUUUUUAAAUCACUAAUAGGUUGGUUUCAGCUUUGCAAAAUACCACACUAAGAAUUUUACAUAGCAGGCUUAACCUUUGAGACAUUCACCUGCACAACUUUAAGCAAUGCUGAGUACAGGAUUUGAUUUAAAAAAAAGAAAAAAAGACUGAAGAGUAAGAAAAAUGCACUGAAUUUGUUUAAAAUGUUAACAGUUUUUCAUUUUCUCAUGAAGCAGUGACUAAAUAAGUAGUGUGGAGUUUUGUUUUGCAGCACACUCUCCAUGUCAAGGCUGUUGGUGUUGCCUCCUUAGCUUUGAUUUAAGUGUGGCUUCCCUGCUCUCGUGUAGUUCUGUUAUUCAAUUCUUGUAUUUAGUUUCAGUCAUAGAAUAGCUUUUGGCUUUUUUUUUUGUAUGUUUUGAGGUUGCUCUGGAUAUGGACUAGGAGGGGUUGCAGCCCUGCAUUUGCCACUCAAACAGAAGCUAACAGGAAAAGCAUGUAUGUGCAUGUGACACAGGUUUGUACAUUGUGAAGGGACUUGCCCUAAAUUGCCUGCAGCCCCUCUACUCCUUAUCUUAGAGCAAGCCAGGCUAGCAUAACUGCCCAAAAAGCACUGUCUCAGGUGGUUUUCUCACUUGCCAAGCGGUUGGGGAAAAAAAGAGGAAAAAAAAAAAAAAAGUUAGAUUUUUUUUUUUAAGUUGCACUGUUUAAAAACAAUAAUUUCUUUCUUCUUCUUUUUAACUACCAAAAUGAGAAAACAGACCUAAAGAGAAGCAAGGCAGCUUUCUGAGAUGAAUCACAUUCCCUUUUUGUCCUGCUGCACUUGCCUACUGCAUCCAGCCAACAGACAGAUUUUACCAGACCAGUGAAACCAGAAUGCUAGUUAAAAAAAAAAACCAAAAAAAAAAGACAGGAAAGGAGAAAAAGAUUAAGAGGAAUGACAGUGCUUCUGCUUUAAAGAAGCAAGCCCAGCAUAAACAAAAGCUGGAAGGGGGGGCUGAACCUCUGUUCAGGCUGGUCGGAACAAGUAGUAGUAGGUUGAAAUGAGUAAUACAUUGGUUUUCUAACUCAUUCAAUACAACAGACCACCUGUAACAGAGGUUUUACGUGGUCAGGAAAAAGACAAAAAGCAGCACUUUUUUGAUAAGAAAAUGUUUAAAAAUAGCAUUCAUUGGUGAAGGUCUGGAAAAAUUAGCAGGUACUAACAUGUAAAGGAGAGGUUUUCAGUAAGGCAGUGUCGUGUAGGACGUUAAUGCAUUAUUCAGUCUUUUUAAUAUUAGUAACGUUUUCAAGUUUACAUUUUGAAACGUAGCUAACACAAGCUUGUGUGUGCACGCUCUUAUCAAGAUCCUGCUGGCAACUAAAUAAACAGCUUCUGACAUUAAUCAACGAACUGCAGAUUAUUGAAGUGAUCUUAUCUUAGUGGCCUUGACACAGAAAAGACCUGAUCGUGAGUUGUUUUUUUUCAGUGUCUUUACUAACUCAUGUUCGUGUUUAUAUCAACACCUAUAUGUUUUUGACCUUUCUGUGUUUAUUCAAAAGGACAAAAAGGGAAGAUAAAAAGUCCUUUAAAGCAAGUGUUGUUAAGCAGACAUCUUGAAAAGGCCUCUUGAUUGUGUUUUUUUGUGAAGCCGAUGAGGGUCGAAUAUGAUUUUCCAUUUUUCAUUUUUGGGCAUUCAUGCAGGUUGUUCUCCAGCAACCUUUAGAGUUAGUUUCCUUGACUAAUCCUGAUCCCCACCCCUCAGGUGUGGGGAUGACGGCUGUUGAUCAGCACACCCACCCCCUAACUCCUGAGAAAUUUAGGUAACAUGGGGUAGUAGACAAAACAGUUCCUUGGUGGUAAACUAAUGUAAUAGCUGUUUGCAGUUAUUUGUUUUGGAUUUUAUCUUAGGGAACGAAUCAAGCUACGUGGUGAUAAAUAAGCUUACAUAUUUGUUUCAGGUUGCUCAAUUCCAUAGUCCACUCGCUUGGGCCACAGAGUAGUCCAGUGUCAAAACUAAGCUAAAGUCCUGACCUAAUAAUAAAGGCAGGAGUUGAAAUGUUCAGAGAACCUGGGUGAUGGGAUCUGAAACAUUUUAGAAGCAAAGUGCAAUAUUACUCACUGAAUUUUCUUCAUUCUCCAUUUUUAUAUUUUAUCUUAUUGUUUUGUCUGUUAAUCAUCACAAUGUGUAGAUAUUCUAUGAAUAUACUAUGUUCUAAAUGAUUUAACCUUUUGUGUAGUUCUUCCUUUUGAUUUAAAUAAACAUUUUGUUCCAAAUUACA